AUGAUGAAGAUACUACUGCGUCUUGCCUUCCUCCUCGUUUGUUGCCAUGCUCUCACAUCGAACUUCUCCAAUUUAACAAAACGUGCCACCGCCAAUGAAAUGCAAUUUUUCAUCAGUGCCAUCAAUGAAUUCCGCCAAAAAGUUGCCUACGCAUACCACAUUGCUAACAUGUAUGAAUUCAGCUACUCAUUAGAGCUGCAGAAAGAGGCGGAAAUGAUGCAUACGUGUGCUGAUGUGAAAGUCGGAGCCAACUAUAUCCCGUUCUUCCCGCCCGAUGCAAACACGUGGAAGGUUAUAGAGUCAUAUGGGAUGUCUCAAAUGACUGGUCGUAUGGAUAAGCUCACUCUGCAAAGAUUCGGAUUUGCAAUGAGAGUGGUGGAGGGGUUGAUGCAUCCGCUGGAGUCGAAAAUCGGAUGUGCAGAGUUCAGGGAGCCAUGUGUGGCUACUCUAGAUCCAGUGACUCAACAGUAUACGCAAAUUGUGUCGAUCAAUUAUGAGGCGAUUUGUCUUCUGGGGCCAUUAUCCAACAACACCAUACCGGUCAUCAUCAGAGGUCAUGCUGGAUCCGCGUGCCCUUCGAAGAAUUCUAGAAAUGGAUUGUCACUUCUCGCGUCCUCUGCUCCUAUUAUGGCAAAGAGAGAUACAAGUGGUACGGAUCGAAAAGUGAUUCUUGAUGAGAUUAAUAAAGGACGCCGUAAUUUUGCCAAGCAUGUCAAGAUAGCAAAUAUGAAUGAGCUGGUUUACGACGUUGGAUUAGAGAAGAUAGCGGAAGAGAUGACAUGUCAGGCACAAGCAAAUGGUCCAGACUAUAUGGUUGCAUUCUUCCCCGAUGAGAGAGGAUUGAAGACAUUUCUGGAAGUUUCCCACGAUCGACAAGUAGAAGUGGCUAAACAGAUAAUGGGCGGAAUGUUUAUACCGGAUCAGACUAAAUUUGGCUGCAUUGCUCUUAAAGAACCUUGUGAGGGUCCUGGAGGCAGCAUUCCUGUCAGAUGUGUGGUUGGACCAAAAACCGUUUUUCAAACCUCGGAUUUUAAACAAGGAGUUGCUGGUUCCCAAUGUCCGAGUGAUAGAGAGGCAGAUGAUGGAUUGUGCAGAUUGAAAAACGGAUGGUUUAUUUCCUAG